AUGCCGAUGCUGCCAUGGCUCACCUCGCCGGUCAUGCUACACUCCUCCCGCGACCCCGGAGAGUGUACCAUGACACCUGAACAAUGCGCCUACAAGCAGCGAUACUGGGUGUACUGGUACGAAGCCGAUCAUCGCUACAGUCUUCCGACCGUGGCUUUGUUCCUGGUUGCUAUUGCGCUUUUUACGUUGGCGCGAUUGAUCACAUCGUUGGCGCCGCGAUCGUGGAAACGACUCUCUGGAUGGACGCGACUGACGGCUUUGUUUCGAACGGCAUCUUAUAAGAAGGUGUGGUUUCUGUGGAGUGCGCAGUCAGUUGGCGCGCUGAUGUUGGCGUCGGUUGGAAUCAUCUUCUUUCUGGCAAUGACGCUCACMCCCCAGCCAUACUACUGGCCCAACACGAUGGAAAUCAACUAUGGGAAUUCGCCUCCAAUUGCAACUCGUGCGGGUUUCAUGGCGCUGGCCUGUAUGCCUUUCAUCUAUAUGCUGGCAACCAAAGCGAAUCCAAUAACUCUAUUGACUGGUAUCUCCCACGAACUACUGAACAACUGGCACGCCUGGGCCGCCUGGGCGAUGUUCGUUCUCGCCCUGGUGCACACUUUCCCCUUCAUCGUCUAUCACAUCCGCAUGGGCGACAUCGUGGAACAAUGGAACGACGGAGGAAUCUGGGUAACAGGAGUCGUGGCAUUGCUCGCCCAGGCAUGGCUCACUUUUGCCUCUAUCCCGUGGCUCAGAAAUCGAUACUAUGAAUUCUUCAAAUCGACCCAUUACAUUGCGGCGCUGAUUUUUAUAAUCUUCUUCUUCUUCCACUGCGACUAUACCCUGAGCUCGUGGGAUUAUUUUAUUGCAACUGCUGUUCUUUACACUCUGUCCUGGUGCUACUCGCAGUGCAAGACCUAUUUCGAGUACGGCAUCGGCCACAAAGCGCGCCUUCAACGCGAGACCAACGACACUUUGAAAAUCACAAUCAACACAAGCAAAGUAAUCUGGACCGCGGGACAGCACGUAUACCUCCGUUUCCUAGCCGGCGGCAUAACACAUAUGCUAACCGCUCAUCCAUUCACCAUCUGCUCAAUGCCCCAGUUAGAAAUGACAGGGAAGACAAGCACACUGGUGUUUUAUAUCCGACCACGAGGUGGCGCCACAAAGUUCUUGAUGGCGCAUGCAAUAAAUCAUCCCAAUGCGGACAUCCCGGUGCUCCUGGAUGGACCAUAUGGUGGGAUUCCAAGCACGCAGUUGAAUCUGUCCGAUAGUUCGGUAGUUGUCGGUGGUGGUGCGGGUGCUGGCUUCACUCUUUCCGUUAUCGAACACUUUCUGCAACGGUGUACUACCACUCAAAAUAGAGACAGAAUUUUGAGAGUAGUUGUUGCGACGCGCCAAUCAGACACAAGAUUGUGGUAUAUUGAAGCUCUACGGGAUAUUUCCCAUCGGUAUCCACGCUUCAAUGAAGCCGUUGCUGGUAUAUCGAUUGACUUUCACGAGACGGGCCAGUCUGGACCUGAACAAAAGACCGGAGGUGCUCAGGUAGAUGUCGAAAAAGCAUUAGACCCCACGACCGUCCAGCUCAAUAAUGAAGAUAGUCAAUCUGACUCUCAAAAUCCGUCCAUUGCGGAGGUGUUCAAUGUCAGCUUCCAUCGAGGCCGACCCAAUCUACCGUUAACCAUCCAGACUUUCGUUGCCGGUCAAGAAGACGUGACAGUUGGGAUUCUGGCGUGCGGUCCAUCAUCCAUGUCUCAUGAUGUCGGCGAGGCGGCCGUUGCUGCUCAACAGGAGAUCAUCAAAGGGCCGAUCAAAGCCAGGGAGGUGUGGUAUCAUGCUGAGGAUUUUUCAUACUGA